AUGCGCCUCGCCUGCCGCGCGUUCGCGGCGGCCGCCGCCGGCGCGCCCAACGGCGUGCGCAUCCACCUGCCAGACCUCGCCGCGGGCGGCGCCGCGGCGGAGCUUGCGCUCGCGCGCGCGUGCCCGCGCGCGACGCGCGCGCUGCUGCGGCUGCCCCUGGGCGCGGCGGCGCCGCCUGACGCCGACGCCCUCGCGCGGCUGUUUGGCCUCCUCCUCUCCACUAAACCGCGCCUGGCGUCGAUCCAGAUCCAGGAGACUCGAGACAGCGCGUUUUGGGGCGGCGGCGGCGCCACGCCCCCUGGCCGCGGCCCGGCGUGGCUCGCCGCCCUCUGCGACGCCGCCACGGCGAGCGCGCGCGGCCGCGCGCCCCUGCUCCCAGGCGCAAUCAGCGCGACGUCAGGGGCGCUCUUCGUGGGCGGGUUGGAGCUGUGCCUGACUGAUGCGCCGUCCCCCGCUGAGCUGGCGCGCCUUUCGGCGCUGCCGGCGCUGCGCUCGGUCGCGCUGCACGUGCAGCCCCCGCACCGGGCGGGCGCCGCGCCGGACGGGCUGCGGGAGCUGGCGCGGCUGCCACUCGAGUCGCUGGCUUUGCCGGUCGACGCGUCGCGCGCUCUCGACGCCUGGUCCGCCGUGAGAGACCUGCCGUCAACGCCGGCUGGAUCGCACCUCACCCAGCUGCAGCUGCGGUGCACCGGCCCAGGCGAGGUGGAGCUGCCGUCGGCUUGGCUGCUGGGCUUCCCGCGCCUGCGGAGCCUGACCUGCGGCCAAGGCGUCAGCCUCGAGCUUGGAGACCUUUCAGAGGCGAUCUUGACCAUGACGGCGACACGUCAGCCGCCCCAGCACCCCCAGCAUGCACAGCACGCACAGCAGAGCAGUGCGCGCCAUGAUAUGCAUCACGGCGCAGACGGCCCCGACGCAGCGAGCCGGUGCGUGCCUUCGGCGGCCCCUCGGCCCGCCGCCGAGCCGGCGGCGGCAGCAUCGCCGGCGCCGCCGCCGGGGCCGCCGCCGCCGCUGGAGCAUCUCGAGCUGAGCCAGCCGGAGCUCGCCCCCGCCGCCUGGCGCGCGCUCGCGUGCGGCGCCGCGCCGAUGCUGGGCGCGCGGCUUGCGUCGCUAUCCUUGUCCCGCUGCCCGCUGCCGUCGAGGGACGACCUCCUGCGCCUCGGCGGCGGCGGUAACAGCAGCAGCAGCAGCAGCGAAGGGGCGGCGGCGGCGCCGUUCCCCGCGCUCAGGCGGCUGUCGGCCGGCGUGGCCGCAGAGGAGGCGCCGCUGGCGGCAGUCGCGGCGCUCACCGGCCUGCAGGACUUGGCUCUGUACCACCUGCGCUGCGGCGCGCGCGCCUUUGGGCCCGACGCUCCCUGGCGGCUCACAGCUCUGACGGCCCUCACGCGCCUGGUGCUGGCCCCAGUGUGCACCUUCGCGGGCGGCGCGGCGGUGGCUGCGCUUCGGGCGGCGCGGCGAGCGGGGCGCGGCGGUGGCGGGGGCGAGAGCGACGAUAUGGGGUGCCUGACGGCGGGCGAUUUGUGGCCGCGCAUGCAGAGCUAUCAGGGGCCCGUGAUACUGCGCAGGCUGCCAGAGGCGCACAUGGGCGCCGAAGCGCCGCAGCAGUUGUGA